AUGGAUAAACAUAACUGCAGGAAAUGCGAUCUGUCGGAUUCCGCUGAUAAUAUGGUAGGAUGUGAUACAUGCGAGACAUGGUUGCACUAUAAAUGUGCGGGUGUUAGUGACUCGAUCGCUGACCCAGAAAGGUGUUGGCAGUGCGACGGUUGUAAAGGUGCCCUUGACUCCUUUAGCAAGAUUUCGAUAGCCAGUUCACGCGCGAGUAAGCGGUCAUCUCGAGCAGAGUUAAGUCUCCAGAUGUUACAGGAACAACGUAUGCUGAAAUUGAAAAUGUUGGCUGAGGAAGAUGAUGCCCGGAAGAGACAGGUCGCAGAGGAGGAAGAGAUGCGACAGAAACUACAAGCCGAGGAGGAAGAACGCCGCAAACAGCAGCAAAUCGAAGAUGCUGAUCGCAGGAAACAAAGGGCCGCAGAAGAUGAAGAUAUGCGGAAAAGGCGUCUUGCAGUUGAAGAGUUGUUUCUUAGUCAGAAGUAUGAGUUGGCUAUCGCAGAAAUGGACGAAGAAGAAGAAGGAACUAGUAGGCGAAGUAAAUUGAGUAGUAGGGCCGGCAAAGACAAGGUGCAGAAAUGGCUUAGCAAAACCGAGCAAAAUGAAACCCACCAGCUAAUCCAAGACUUGUGUCGCGUUGAACCUGGUGUCCAACAAUCUACUGAGCCACCAUCAACCGUUCAGAGCAAGCCAACAUCCACAGAACUAUCGAUGGCGGCAACCAAAGUAACGGUUUCAGCUCCAACUUACCAUACACCACAGUCAUCUUCCACCCCACAAAAUGUCAUUUCUGGGACGGUAAGCGAACCUACGAAAACAUCUAUACAAGUAUCGAUGGUGGCAACUAAAGUAACGGUUUCAGCCCCAACCUAUCAAACACCACAGUCAUCUUCCACCCCGCAUAAUGUAGUUUCUGGAACAGUAAUCGAACCUAAGACGACAUUGCCCUGCAAUACUUCUUAUCCGGGAGAUUUCGUGAUUCAACCGGGUAGAACCCAAUCACUAGCGACCACACAAAUGUACGUGCCACCUUGCCCACCAGCUUCGGUUCUGCCACAGGUGCUGUAUGUCCAGUCGUGCCCUUCAACGACGAUUAUAGACGCACCACGGAAGUUACCACUGUACCCAUCAGUAACAGAUUUCUCUACACCGCUGUACGAAAGCUCACAUCUGCAAAAAAAUGUAUAUAGUACACCGAAUGUUGCUCCCGUGUUUCCGCCAUCUACAUUCACGACACCAGUUAUGUAUACGGCAAAUCUACAUCAUCGUACCACGCGUAUGUCAGCAUUUGAACAGGAACGUAUGCCAAUACCAGCUACUUCACUGACCAGUCGAUACCAAGCGUAUCCGUCUAUCGCAACAGUGCCAAUCACAAAUCUGAACCCGAAAAAUUUGCGCCCAGGAACGAUUGAGUGUUUCGACGGGAUUACACUGAAGCAUGUGGAUUUACAGAUGCAGAAAACUUAG